UCGGUUUGGUGUCGCUACCGUGUUGGGAUAUCGCAAACAAUAAACGCACCGAUUGUCACGUACGAAUAGGUUAUUUUAUACAAGGAGUGUAAAUAAUGUCCUGUUGAAAUAUAUUUAUUAUAAUUUAUAACGUGAUCGUAAUUUCGUAAAGUAACAAUAGUCCAAUGAUGGGCUCCGACCAUACUCACAGACGAUGGAGCAAUCUGCGAAAAUUAUUAGAGAGAUCUGGUCCUUUUUGCAGACCGGAUUUUGAGCCGUCCUCGGAGACAUUGCAAUUUUUAUUAGAAAACUGUAAGAUCCUUGUUAUCGGUGCCGGCGGUUUAGGAUGCGAGUUGCUUAAGGAUUUAGCGUUGAUGGGAUUCAGACAGAUUCAUGUUAUCGACAUGGACACAAUCGAACUGUCCAACCUUAACCGGCAGUUUCUCUUUCGCCGUAAAGAUAUCGGCUCGUCGAAAGCCGAAGUAGCUGCACGGUUUGUAAAUACCAGAAUUCCAGGAUGUAUGGUCAUGCCACACUGUUGCAAAAUACAAGACAAAGAUGAAGAGUUUUACAGGCAAUUUCAUAUAAUAGUUUGUGGCUUGGAUUCCAUAAUUGCAAGAAGAUGGAUUAAUGGUAUGCUACUGUCCCUUUUAGUCUAUGAAAAUGGAGAAUUGGAUAGAUCUAGCGUUAUACCAAUGAUCGAUGGAGGAACAGAGGGUUUUAAAGGAAAUGUGAGGGUAAUUUUGCCUGGUCUCACUGCUUGUAUCGAGUGCACCUUAGAUUUGUAUCCUCCUCAGGUCACGUACCCGUUGUGUACAAUAGCAAACACUCCACGUUUACCAGAGCAUUGUAUAGAGUAUGUGAAAGUAAUUCAGUGGCCAAAGGAAAAUCCAUUUGAUUGCCCAAUAGAUGGUGAUGAUCCUCAGCAUGUAAAUUGGAUUUAUGAAAAGUCCAUUGAAAGGGCAACACAAUUUGGUAUAAAAGGUUUAACGUACAGACUGGUUCAGGGAGUAGUUAAAAAUAUUAUACCUGCUGUUGCAUCAACAAAUGCUGUUAUUGCAGCAACUUGUGCUACAGAAGCAUUCAAGCUUGCUAGUAGUUGCAGUGCCUCCCUGAAUAAUUAUAUGGUGCUCAAUGACUUGGAUGGUAUCUAUACAUACACUUACGAAGCAGAGAAAAAAGAAGACUGUGUUGCAUGUAGCCAAAUUCCAAAAGAAAUUGAGAUUAGCAAUCCUAAAUUCAAACUGAAAGAUUUGAUAGAGGUUCUUUGCGAAAGAUCUGACUUGCAAAUGAAAAAUCCAGGUCUUACCACCUAUAUGGAUGGUAAACAUAAAACAUUGUAUAUGCAAACUGUAGCGAGUAUCGAGGAGAAAACACGUGAGAACUUAACGAAAACUUUAGUCGAUCUCGGACUAAGAAAUGGUAGCGAGAUUAACGUUGCCGACAUCACGACGCCUAAUGCAAUUGUAAUAAAAUUGAUAUUUGUGUAG